CUAAAGACUACAUCUGAGACAACAUCUACCUGACAGUUAAGUGACAUUUGAAACAGCACCAUGAGCCAGGAAUAUGACUCAAAAUUACAAGUUGCGACAAGAGAAAAACUCCGUGCAUUCAACUCUCUGCGUGGUCGGGAGGUUCAGACUGGGGAGUUCUGGGAUGUGGUGGUUAUGACGGCUGUGGAUGAGAGUCAGAGAGAGGUUUAUGAGCUGCAGAUCUCAGAGAAGGUACAGAGAAAAGAGCUUCCUCUUGGACCUCACUACAAGGUCUUCUCUGAUCCACCUGGAGCUAAAAUAGGUAAUGGAGGCUCCACUCUGUAUGCUCUGCAGCAGCUGAAUGACUUGUAUGGAAAAACACUGAGUACACUGAGGAUCAUCCUGAUCCAUGCAGGUGGAUGGAGUCAGCGUUUGCCCAGUGCCAGCGCCCUGGGGAAGAUCUUCACUGCCCUGCCACUUGGAAACCCUCUCUACCAAAUGCUGGAGCUCAAAUUGGCAAUGUAUGUGGAUUUCCCUCGCCACAUGAAGCCUGGUGUGCUGGUGACAUGUGCAGAUGACAUUGAGAUCUACAGCAUUUCAGAGGACGAGAGUGUUAGGUUUGACAAACCUGGCUUUACAGCUUUGGCUCACCCCUCCCCGCUGUCUAUCGGCACUACACACGGAGUGUUUGUGUUGCUUUCACAUGAAAACUCUUCUAAUUACUCAGAAAUGCAGAACACCUCCUGUGUUCGUUACCUGCACAAGCCGAGCAUUCAAAAGAUGCGAGAGAGUGGAGCUGUUUGUCAAAGGCAGAGCGGUUGUUUUUCUCUCUCUGACACAGAGUUUGUCUACACAGACAGCACGUAUUACAUCGACUCUGAUAUGGCAAAGUCUCUUCUUAACCUGCUGAAGGAGCUGGGGCCUUUGGAGGUUGAAAUAGACGCAUAUGGGGACUUUCUCCAAGCACUGGGCCCUGAAGCUACAGUAGACUAUACCAAAAACACAGCAAAUGUGAGCAAAAAGGAGAGCAGUCUGGUGGAAAUCAGACAAAGGAUCUUCAAUGGUCUAAAAGGGACUCCUCUGAAUGUGAUUCUCCUGAACAACUCCAAGUUUUAUCACAUAGGAACCAUAUCAGAGUACCUCUUUCACCUCACGCAGGAUGUGAUCCUGAGACAGGAGCUGGGCCUGCUAACAUCUGCAUUCAGCAUCCACUCCUGUGAUGGCUCUUCAGGUGGCUGUGUCAUGUUUAGUGUCCUCGAUUCCAGCUGUUCUGUGGGGGCCGGGUCGGUGGUGGAGUACUGCAAACUGGGAGCAGGGGUUUCUGUCGGUAAGGGGUCUAUCGUCAGCAGCUGCUGCAUCAGUGCAGGCCUCUCAGUGCCUGAUGGAGUCUUCAUACACUCACUUUGUGUCAGCUAUGAGCAACAGGCCAAGUAUGUGACUGUCUUCUUUGGGAUAAAUGAUGACUUGAAGCACGGCGUUGAAUCUCCUGCGUUCAUGGAGGAGCUGAAACUCUCUGGUUUCAGCUUGUCUGAGUGUUUGUCUCUCUGGGGAAUGAAAAAUGAAGCCCUGAAUUUCUCUGGAGAUCCAUCCCACUGUAGCCUGUGGAAUGCUUGUUUGUUUCCUGUUUGCUCAGAUCAGCAAAGCUCAUUCUCAAUGUCUGUGGAGAUGCUGCAGGCCGUCCUGAAUGGCUCCACAUUCACCUUACCACAGGACACGAAGCUGAUGUCUAUGCAAGAGUCUUUAGAGUGUAAAAGACUGCAGGAGAUGUUAAAGUUUAGGAGGACGCUUUAUGAUGACAUCAUACAGUUAAAGCAGGGCAAAUAACUGCAAUAACCUGGACAACGAGAA